GUCGAGAUGAAGAUAUCAAGAACCGGGAAUAAAGAGGUUCUCAUAACUCAACAAUAGGUUGUUUUCAGCAAAAGAUAUUCUUUGUCAAAAAUCGCUGCCUUGACUCAAGACUGUUAGUGAAUAAUGAAUUGUUUGCUCAUCACGGCGCAGAAUAUGCGAAUCGUCCAGUGAAUGAGGAGCUUCUUGCGUUUGCUUACUCGAUGUCUGCCUUUUUGCUUACCUAGUAUAUUAUUUAGUGGAGGAUUCAGUCAUUGUUGGGACUGAGCCACAACAACUCCAACAGCGUUUCAAAAAAUAAUUCAGGCAACCACGUUCAAGACUUCAAAUACUUCAUCGAGGACCCUCUGCGAUUCAGAAAUUUGAGACUAGGGGGGAAAUACAGGAUGUUCUUUCGCAGCGAACUAUUCACGCUCACACUCUUUCUCCUGAGCCACAUAUUCACAACCGCCUCAGACUUGAACAAUAUGGGCACCAUCGCAGACGUACCAACAGUCUCUGCACUUCUAAGCUCCGCCACGACCCGAUCAACGAAUCAUCUUCGUCGCGCGACUCCUUCCUUCGAGCCUUUCCUUUGGAAAUCAUCACCAAACAGAAUUGCCUUGACUCUCGCACCAUUAAAUUCAUCUACGCCAAUGAGUCAAAAUCCUGGUCCAACAUGGGAUCCAAUUCCCAAUUCCGUCUUGCAAAGUCGAGGCGUCUGUCCGGUCGGUGACUCGACGGCGCCGACUGGUACAGCUUUCCCGCCAGCUAUUGUGACUGGAAUUCAGUCUAGCGAUGGGACAAAGAACGAGGCUAGCAGUAAGGUUGCUGCGACGGUGGCAGCUGGUAUGGUUGUUGCUUGGUUUGCGGUGAGGGUUUUGUUGAAUGGGAUUGUGGAUGUUCCGGUUGUGCAUCUUGAAGGGCUGGAGCUCUGAGUAUUCGAACUGUGGGCGAGAUGACUUGAAAUGCUAGGUGUAAGAUGCAUGGAGUUAGGAUUGAAUUGAAAAUCUGGGAAAUGGGAAGAGGGAAACGUGUUGGAGGAUUGUACUAUGUAUUGUACCAAUAGUGACGUUGAGAUUGACGUUGAGCUUAUGGUUGACCUGAAAGUUAUUGACAGGCUCGAUUGACUUUUGAGUUUUAUUUGAAGGAACUUGUCUCUAUCAAA